CUCUCAGCUGUCAUACCAUUGCAUAUGAACGCUUAUUUCUCCUUUGUUUUUUCUUUGAAGCAAACAAGAUUACCGGUCACCGGCGAAUUCAUCCGUUAAACAAGCCCAUUUCAGUUUUUACCGGAAAAUAUGAUAGCUUGUCUUGAGAGAUUCGUUCCCGAGAACGAGGUCGAAUCCAGAGAAGCCGUUGAGGCUUCAGUUAUGUGCAAGACCCUUGACCUCCAAGGCACUAUCGAGAGUCCGGCCGCCGCCGAUAGAGAUUUUGGAGGACUGUACUCUCGUAGACCGCUAGCUGUAAUUAGACCAUCGGGUGCCGAUGACGUGGCGAGGGUAAUCGCGGCUUCACUGUCAACGACUCUGACGGUAGCAGCAAGGGGAAACGGCCACUCAAUCAACGGCCAGGCGAUGGUCGACCGUGGGCUUAUCAUAAAUAUGCGUUCCACUGAGAACAACCACUUUAAAUUACGCAAAAUUAAUGAUUCAACCUAUGUGGAUGUGUCUGGAGGGGCAUUAUGGGAAGAUGUCCUAAAACGCUGCGUUGAAGAGUAUGGUAUGGCUCCGAGGUCGUGGACAGAUUAUCUGGGUUUAACGGUGGGGGGAACUCUAUCUAACGCUGGCGUUAGUGGACAGACCUUCCGUUACGGCCCACAAACGGCGAACAUUGCCGAGCUAGAGGUGGUAACUGGAAGGGGCGAAGUUGUAAUUUGCUCAGAAAAGAAAAACUCCGAAUUGUUCUUCAGUGUCCUUGGCGGCCUUGGUCAGUUCGGCAUCAUAACCAGAGCUCGAGUUCUGGUACAGUCAGCACCGGAUAUGGUGAGAUGGAUAAGGGUGGUGUAUUCCGAGUUCGAUGAGUUUACUCGGGACGCUGAGUUCCUGGUGACUCGUCAAAGCGGUGGCGAGUCGUUUGACUACGUGGAAGGCUUCGUAUUCGUGAACAGUGAUGAUCCGGUUAACGGAUGGCCUUCUGUGUCACUGAACCCGAACCAACGGUUCGACUCGGCUCACUUACCCGGAAACUCUGACUCAGUUCUCUACUGCCUUGAACUCGCUCUUCAUUACAACAACAGCGACAAGCCUUCCGCAGUUGAUACGGUGGUGAAGAGAUUUCUUGGACAGCUAGGAUUUAUCAAGAAGCUGAAAUUCCAAGUGGACCUGAGCUACGUGGAUUUUCUCCUGCGUGUAAAGCGUGCAGAGGAACAGGCAAAAGCCAAUGGAAACUGGGAGUCUCCUCACCCUUGGUUGAACAUGUUCGUUGCAAAAGCAGACAUAAAAGAAUUUGACGAAGAGAUCUUCAAGAAGAUCUUGACCAAUGGUGUCGGUGGGCCCAUGCUAAUUUACCCUCUUCUACGAAGCAAGUGGGAUAAUCGUACAUCGGAGGUGAUACCAAAUGAAGAUAUCUUCUACAUCAUUGCAUUGCUCCGAUUUACUUCACCCGCACCGAGCGGUCUAGAAGUUGACAAAUUGGUGUCACAAAACCGUCAAAUUGUUGAUCAUUGCAGCCGGAACAGAUUCGAUUACAAGUUAUAUAUGCCUAACUACAAAACACAAGAGGAAUGGAAGGAACAUUUUGGAGGUAAAUGGGAACGAUUUGUCCAGAUGAAGGCAUGCUAUGAUCCAAUGGCUAUUCUUGCCCCUGGACAGAAAAUAUUUGGAAGGAUGCGUAAUAGUUCAUGUAAUUCGUAGAAAGUUGUAAGGGUAAUUUUGUCAUUUAAAUUGGUGGAAAAAUCAAUUGUAAUUUUGAUGGUGGGUGGGUCAUGUUAAUGUCAAUGUUAAUGUUGAAAUCCAAUUAUUAGUUGAA